GGACCCCAGGUUGAGAACCACUGAUGUGCACCCGGAGGCCCAAAGGUUGGGAACCACUGCUCUAAAAGCUGAAACACUCAUGAUAUCCACAUUGCACAGGACAAUAUGGCACUGUGGACUCAGGUAACCCAGUUGAAAGCAGUGUGAAUGAUAUUCUGGGUUAUAUGGCAGUGCCGAAGGGCCCUUAAUGUUAUCUCCUACAUUAUUAAAUCUAGAUCCACUACUAAAUCUACCUCACCAUCAAAUGGUUAACUAGCUAGGUUCUUUUCAUGAUUUCUUGCCAUUGCAGUUCCUUUUUGCCACCUCCGGGCUCCCGUACUCAGAAGGCGCUUCCAGCGUCGUUUCCAUGACGACGGCAGGGGGCAACGACGCCUUGUUUAGCGCAGCGGUUGCCAUGGCGCCCCGGCCCGCAGCCAUGGCGGACAAGCAGCUGCUGCGAGCGCUUCGGGGCGGGCCAGGGACCCAGUCUUUCUCGAUGGCGGCACGAGGGCUUCCUCUCUUGCCCCGGGGCCUGGGUAGGAUGAGCGGCCUGGAGAGGCUGAACCUGAAAGGGAAUCGGCUGCGGCGGCUGCCACAGGAAGUGGAGGCGCUCAGCCGGUUGAAGGUAUUAAAUUUGGGAAACAAUAAUUUUGAUGAAGCUCCGGAACAGCUGAAGUACCUCGUAUCUCUGCAGAAGCUUCAUUUGUUUGGAAAUAAGAUCUGCAGAAUAUCACCCUCUAUAUUUGAUGGAUUGCAGAAUUUGGUACUCCUCAAUCUGAACAACAACCGGCUCACUUAUCUUCCUCCAGAGAUUCAAAGGCUUAAAAAUCUUGAAUGUAUGAGUUUAGACAAUAACCAACUGAGAAGUCUUCCCAAGGAAUUGUGUUGUCUCAGAAAGCUGCGUGAACUCCAUUUGUCCCAUAAUUCUAUCAUUGCCAUCCCCGAAGACAUUGAAUACCUGACAGAACUCAAAAUCCUGAUUUUGUCAAGAAAUCAAGUAGAAAACCUCCCUGAUGGACUUUGUAAAAUGAAGAGGCUUAGAAUUCUAGACGUAGCAGGAAACAACAUUCAGAUUUUCCCCACAGACAUGGAAAAUCUUGAGCUUGAAGAACUUUAUUGUGAAGAUAAUCCAUUGCUUGAGAAGAAUCCAGUUAGUGCCAUACAAGAAGAAGACAUUUUGACUCUUAAGGAGCUAACGGCAAGAUUUAUUCUCUCUCAGCUGGAAAACAAAAACAUUUAUUUACACAGAGCAAUGCAGAACAACCUAGAAGUACAGGCAGUCCUUUCCCAUAAACGAAAGUGUGCUCAGUGUGGCUCUAGUUUUUUGAGCAUGUGGCUAGAAUGUGUGAAGUUUCUGGAUGUAAAACAGCAAAUGACGACUAGCAGAAACUUGGAGCUCUUACCUGUCAGGGCAUUUCUGUGCUCAUACAAGUGCUUUAACCACCCUGACCAUGGACUCUUUGGGAUUGCUGUACUCUAGACCAAGCAGUCCACUCAAAACCUCAAGGAGAUCUGAUUAUUAUAAGAACUUAAGCUGAACUUACCAUCUGGUGCAAUGCCAAUAUCACUUUAAAAUACACAAUUGUUUCGGAACAGUGGUUUCAGAGAGGUGAUCUAGUUGUGGGCAGGAAUUAUUCCUUACAGCUGUGCAGAGCUAGCAGUGUGUUUUGGCAGGCAUGACUUUGCUUCUGAAAAUGGAUAACUCAAGUAAUGGCAUUGUUCAGCAGUGAGGUAAAGUUUUAUAAUAUAAACUAACUAACCUGGGUUACUGUGGUUUCUUUGGCUGCUAUAUUAUGAUGCAUGCUGUACCCAAAUGUGUAAUUCUGAUAAGUAUGUUCUCUCCACCUCCUGAAAAGCUAGGGUCAGAACCUAAAAGUGCAAAAGUAUGUGGUGAUUACGUAGUCCUUGAUUUCCAUUAUAAACCCUGUUUUCCAGAAGUGUAUAACUUGGCUUUACCACUUGGCAUGCAGAAUUUUAAAUGCAGGAGAAAAUGUGCUGGAGUGUUUAAAAAGAAAAGAAAAGAAAGGCAAGAUGGCACACAUUAAAAAGGAUUUCUUUGCUCAUAGGAGCUUUAAUUGCAAAAGGGUUUGUGUUAUGAGAAACUGUAGAAGAGACACAUUUCUCAGAGGAAAGCAACUGUAUGGGAUGUUUCUAUACCUACUUAAUUUUUAACUUUUGUUAUGUAUGGUUCCCUUCUUUAUGUUUUGUGGGUAUUUUAAAUUCAAUGCUGUAGUUCACCAUAAUUUACAACUUGCAUUCUCAUCUGAUUUGCAUUACACUGCUACUGAAAAGAGAGCUAUUACUUAAAAUUAACUCUUAAAUACAAAUAUGUAGCUCAUGUCAGUGUUUUACAUAUAGGGACCAUAUAAACAUUUAAACAGAAAAAGGCUUAUUUCAGUUUAGAAUAAAAAGUAGGAUAAUGGGUUUUCUUAACGUACCAAUGCUCUAUAUGCAAUAAUCUAUUUAAUCAAUUAAUUAAAUGCAAUGCAAAUGAAAUGAAAUUUAAACCAAAUAUGAAUAACACACAAAUAGAUCUAAAUAUAUUGUAAAUGUUUAGAUCAAAUUUUCCCUCCAUCAAUGUUGUAAAGAAAACUAAAAGGUAAAAUAUGAUGUCAUAGAAUCAUAGAAUAGUAGAGUUGGAAGAGACCUCAUGGGCCAUCCAGUCCAACCCCCUGCCAAGAAGCAGGAAAUCGCAUACCUGUAUAAGCGAGCCUCCGGUGGCUCAGUGUGUUAAAGCGCUGAGCUGCUGAACUUGCAGACCGAAAGGUCCCAGGUUCAAACCCGGGGAGUGGAGUGAGCGCCUGCUGUUAACUCCAGCUUCUGCCAACCUAGCAGUUUGAAAACAUGCAAAUGUGAGUAGAUCAAUAGGUACCGCUCCGGUGGGCAGGUAACGGCGUUCCAUGCAGUUAUGCUGGCCACAUGACCUUGGAGGUGUCUACGGACAAUGCUGGCUCUUCGGCUUAGAAAUGGAGAUGAGCACCAACCCCCAGAGUCAGACACUACUGGACUUAACGUCAGGGGAAACCUUUACCUUUACCUUUUACCUGUAUAAGCAGCAGCAAAGGACUCAGUACUGUUUGUUUGCCUUUCUUACUGGGGCAGAAACCCCAUGUCAGCUGCCCUGAUUUCUUUGGAAGAAAAGGAUACAAGUGUAAUAAAUAAAGUGGUAAUUAACCACAGUUGCUCAUUAGAUCCUAUAAGCCAAAUAAUGUUUGAACACUAGUUUCUUGAAAAUACAGUAGAGUCUCACUUAUCCAACAUAAACGUGCCAGUAGAAUGUUGGAUAAGCGAAUAUGUUGGAUAAUAAGGAGGGAUUAAGGAAAAGCCUAUUAAAAAUCAAAUAAGGUUAUGAUUUUACAAAUUAAGCACCAAAACAUCAUGUUAUACAACAAAUUUGACAGAAAAAGUAGUUCAAUACGCAGUAAUGUUAUGUUGUAAUUACUGUAUUUAUGAAUUUAGCACCAAAAUAUCACGAUGUAUUGAAAACAUUGACUACAAAAAUGGCUUGGAUAAUCCAGAGGCUUGGAUAAGCGAGGCUUGGAUAAGUGAGACUCUACUGUAGUUAGUAUAUGUUAUUUCCUAAAGUUUGUGAAUAUACAAUAUUCAGAACGUUGGAUAAGUGAAACUCUACUGUACUACAGAAGCAAAGCAUUUGUGAUCCUUGCUUACAAUAUGCUAUGGUUAGUAUUAAAUAGGAACUGCAUUAUAUGGUCAGUGUAAACCUAUAUAAUGCUGUUCCAUUCUGCUAAAUUGCAUUGUGUGUGUUUACACUGACCCACAUGUAGUUUGAAUUCAGUCCUGUGAUACUGCUUUGCUAAUCAUGCACUGAGAGGACCCUAUCUGUCAAUUUUAUAUAUUUAAUAUGUAUUAUAUUGUUGCUACUUUACCUAGAUGUCUAUCACCCAAUACAGUUAAAACAGAAGUAGAAGGAAACUAAUUCAAGGUUUGUUUGAAGAAAUUUCUGAAGCAAAUGUGGAACUUCAAAUUAAAAAGUAAAUAUUCCACAUUUUGACUUUCAAUAAUAUUUAAUUUUACCUAGAAGUAUUUGGUGGUAGCACAUAUAUAACAAGUUGACCUUCCUGAGAAAUCAAAAACUCAUAAUGUCUAUUUUAAUUACAAUAGAGAUUUGUAACUUACUCUCCAUGUGUGCGUGUGUUUGUGUGUGUUUUAAUCCAUACUUCAGUAGUCGACCAGAACCAACUUGAGAAGCACUUUCAUAGCCAUUCAUGGUCGCUCAAGUUUUGCAGUGGCUUUCAAAACUAAUCUUUAUUUUAAGAAAAUAAACUUAGAAAAUGACAUUCAAAAUGUAACAAAUAUACUAGCCAAAUAUUAAAAAUGAACAUAACACUG